GGGCAGAGGGAACGGGCACAUGGCGGGGGCCUGGCUGUGAGACUCUCUCCAAGACGCUUGAUCUUCAGUCCCGUCCCUUGGCCCCCUACUACCAAAAGGGAGUAUUGAGGACACAACUAGCCCGCGGAGAAGGGUGGGAAGCCAGUCAAUUGUGACGCUUCUCCCCAGCAGGGGGCCGCCAUAUUGCAAUACGGAAGAGAGGCGCCAUUUUGCAUCACGGAAGAUUUGCUGUCUCUUCCUCUCCAACAGGGCGCCGCCAUUUUAGAUUACGGAAUUCCUGGCCCCCCCUCAAUGGUGGAGGUUCUCCACUAGGGCGCCGCCAUUUUGGGUUACGAACGAAACGGCAGCCCACAGGGGUCCUCACCCUCCCUUCGUUUAGGUGUCUUCAUAAAAUGCCCGCUGAGAAUCCCCUCUUUUUUCGCCCCGCUCUCAAGAUGGCGUCGAUGCGGGAGAGCGACACUGGCCUGUGGCUACACAACAAGCUGGGCUCCACGGACGAGCUGUGGGCGCCGCCGAGCAUCGCCUCGCUGCUCACGGCCUCGGUGAUAGAUAACAUCCGCCUCUGCUUCCACGGCCUCUCCUCAGCCGUCAAGCUCAAACUGCUGCUGGGGAUGCUGCACCUGCCCCGCCGGGCGGUGGAUGAGAUGAAAGGUGCACUGACUGAAAUUAUCCAGCUCGCUACCUUGGAUUCAGACCCCUGGGUCUUAAUGGUAGCUGAUAUUUUAAAAUCCUUUCCAGAUACUGGCUCCCUUAACCUUGAUCUUGAAGAACAGAAUCCCAAUGUUCAAGAUAUUUUAGGAGAACUUAGGGAAAAAGUAAGUGAAUGUGAAACAUCAGCUAUGUUGCCGUUGGAGUGCCAGUACUUAAACAAAAAUGCCUUGACAACACUAGCUGGGCCACUUACUCCCCCAGUGAAACACUUCCAGCUGAAAAGAAAACCCAAAAGUGCCACUCUUCGAGCAGAACUCUUGCAGAAAUCAACAGAAACCGCACAACAGCUCAAGAAGACUGCAGGAGUGCCUUUCCAUGCCAAAGGGAGGGGGCUGGUCAAAAAAAUAGAUACAACAACCCCGCUCAAAGGAAUACCAAAACAAGCUCCAUUCAGGAGUCCCACAGCACCUAGUGUAUUUAGCCCUGCUGGAAACAGAACCCCUAUACCUCCUUCAAGAACACCUCUGCGCAAAGAAAGAGGAGUGAAGCUACUAGAUAUCUCAGAGUUGGAUAUGGUUGGUGCUGGUCGUGAAGCAAAGAGAAGAAGGAAGACUUUAGAUACAGAAGUGGUGGAAAAACAAGCCAAAGAGGAAACAGUAGUGGAAAAUGCAACUCCAGAUUAUGCUGCUGGCCUUGUGUCUACCCAGAAACUUGGCCCUCUGAACAAUGAGUCUGCACUACCUUCUACAAGCUAUUUGCCUGCAACCCCCAGCGUGGUUCCAUCUUCCUCCUAUAUCCCAAGCUCCGAAGUGCAGCCAGCUGGAUCUGUGCGAGAGGCCAUACAGACUAACAGGCAACCCGAAGAGCCUACAGCUCCAAACACUACUCCUCUUCCUGCUCAGUUCAAACAACGAACACCCAUGUAUAACAGUAACUCAAAUCCAGCUGCAGCCACACCUACUUCACCCCUAACACCUACUACACCUCCUGCCAUUUCCCCUGCCGCACAACCUCCACAAGUAGCCCCCCAAACUCUGCAGCAGCCGCCACCCAAGAAAAGCCUUUCUCUCACGAGGGAGCAAAUGUAUGCCGCACAGGAAAUGUUCAAGACUGCAAACAAAGUUACCAGGCCAGAAAAGGCUCUUAUCCUUGGGUUCAUGGCAGGAUCCAGAGAGAAUCCUUGCCAAGAGCAAGGCGACAUCAUUCAGAUUAAACUUAGCGAGCAUACAGAAGUUUUACCAAAGGCCGAUGGCACUGGGAGCACCACCAUGUUAGUUGACACAGUCUUUGAAAUGAACUAUGCUACGGGCCAGUGGACCAGACUCAAGAAGUACAAACCUAUAACUAAUGUUUCCUAAGAGAUUCAGUAACAACAAACUGCGGACCAAACCAAGACUAGAAUCAGCCAGCUCCUGUAGAGUGCGUCAGUUGUACAAAAUGGCAUUCGUGUGUAGGUUUCUUAUUCCCUUCCAGAAGACACAUUUUGGCUAUCCAAACUAACUGGGCUCAGGUGAAUGCAGUAUGAAGAUACUGUCAAACUGACAGAUUUUUUUUUUUUUUUAAGGUGGCGGGAAAGUUAACAUUUGUUCUGUGAUUCAAGGUGCCAGAAAUUGAGAUCACAGCUGAAAAUUUGCUUUUCGCUUUGAGAGCAUUUCAGUUCCAAGCACUGAGGAAAGGACAAUUACAGAAUCACAGUUUACUGCUAAGCAAGGGCACAGAUUUUAUUGCAGAAAUAUUUACUUGGACUACAUGGGUUCCAUCUACAUAUGGACACUUGCACCACCACAGGUAUUUGCAGUUAUUCCUGCAAUUUAAUUGCAGUAAAUCUAACUACUGCGAGUGGUAGAUGUCUAAUGGCACCCACUGUGUGUUUAGCUUGUCUUUUCCAGGGUCAUAGGGUGGGUUUGAGAAGCUUUGUUAAUCUUGCUGUAUUGCGAAUAUUAAUGCCCAGCAAGAGUUAAUUUGUAAUCAAUUGAGAUGGAGGGGAACUGAAUAUCUUAACCUUUUAUGCAGCAAAAUUUAUAAUUUUCUUUAGUGUCAAACUUAAGAUUGCCAAAAAAAAUUCCCACCUUGCUUAUGGGCUGCUUAGGGAUUAUAGCUCUUUGCUACCACGUGAGGUGCACAGUGGAGAUUAAUCUCUGGGUCUUGUACAGCAGGCCCCCUGGGCAACAUACCUUUCUCUUGUUCUGUGCUUACAUGCCUCUCAAGAGCAGUUGAGUGUUACGGCAGUCUUAAGAGUUGCUCUUCCAGCCACAAAGUGAGUUACUGUCCCAUCUGUGACAUUCACAUCUGUGAAUGUGGAAGGUUAGCGAGACUGCCUUUAUGGCAAAUUCUGGAUUUUUUUUUUUUUUUUUCCCCUUUUCUUCUUCAGUGCAAGUUUCACUAAGCAGCCACUGGGCACUUGAUGAUCAAGGCCUGGGCUACACACAGUUUUUGUACUGGCACAACUGUUGGGUGUGAGUUUCUUGAACACUGAUCUAGUUAUACCAGUACAACCUCUAGCAUGAAUGCGGUUAUACCAGCAUAAAGGGGUCUUGUGCUUGUAUAGCUUAUUUCCUUUCCCAUACAGGAAUAGCUAUACCGUACAUGCACACGUACCAAUAGAAUUGUACCAAACUAGGAGGAUUGUACCACUUUAACUGAACUGGUACAGUUAAAGCAGUACAACUUGUGUGUAGACCAGGCGUAAGUAGUGACUUCUGAAUUUGGCCCUUAAUGGAGACUUGCGUUAAAUGUUCAUGUUUAAAUUUCUUUCAGCCAAUCUCAUGUGUGGGGUUGCACUUGCCUGGGAAAGCAAUGCUGGGGAGGGAGAAGUACAAAGAAGUCACAUAGCAUUGUGUGAGACUGACAUGGGGCCUUGUGAUGACUCAGGGUUGGUCUUAAAAAGGAAUGUUAAUCUGUGACUUUUAGGCCAACACAAGAUCUUUUUCUUAGAUAAAAGCAAAUAUCCCCUAAGUGAUACGUCUGUUUGCCGACACGGCCUAUAGAUACUGUCAUUUAGAUUUUUAUAUUGGGCAUUUUUAUUUUCAGAUUAUCCAGCUAUGUGCCUAUCAGAACAGGGCGAGCAUUAAUGAGGAAAUGUAUUUACAACAUUUUAUUGUGAUUUGAUCAAAAGUAUGUAUAUUUGCUCCAACAAAAUUAAGGUCCAGAAUAUCCUAAAUUAACUAUUCUAACCACUUAGUGGUUGAGUUGUACUGAUGGUACCUGCAUGGAUCUUCCAUUAUCAUGAAGGAGUUGUGUGCAUAUAUCAGUGAGAGAAUGGGACUCCUCAGCAUAACUGUCACUCUGGAAAGUGCCCUCUACUUAAUUACUCCAUUUCUGCAGUGAGGUAGACUAUUUUCCAACUGAUACAAAUCAGCCAAACAAGCAACAGGAACAAGUUAAGAUGAGUGUUUUAGUUUUCAGAAUGAAUUCACUAUAAGGUGCAUUCACAAUGGUUAUAACUUCUUUGACUUAAUACAUUACAAGUGAAGGGCUAAAGUCAGAGUAUGAAAGAAGUAUUUGUCUUUUUAAAAAUGUGUAAGGAAUAAAUUGCAUUCCUUUUCAAUCUCGUUUGCUUUCAGGUUUUAAAAUAGUCCAUGUGAUAACUAGUUUUCUAUAAACUAAACCAGUGUGACACUUCGGUCUUAACUGCUACUGCUUUAAUACAUUUUGUCUUCUGCUAAUUAGAAAUUUAAUCAGAAAUUAGAUGAGGGGUUUGUUCUGUUUUAUAAGAAUCAGUGUUUAGAGGACUGGACACCUCAGGGGAUGUGCACUCCCAUCCCAAGUUACUGGUUCAAAACUCAGCCCCGUUUGGUAGUGAUCAGAAGCUGUCAUUUGAUGGCUCUUCAAUUUACAUGAGAUGAGUUGAGGUUCUCAGUCCAGUGUCUAGUGGACAUAUGUCCACAUCCCCAAAAUUCAGCUAUCAGGAGCAAGGACGAGGACUGCAUGGGCAAGGAGAUGCCCCCUCUAAGUAGUCCCUCCAGAACUCAGUUGACGCAUUAGAAUGAAGCAGGAUGGGGGAAACUUACGCUGCUGCUACCUGCUCUGUACUUACUGUAUUGAUGGACAGACUUCACUCUCCAAGCCUAUUCAGCUAAGACUAGUCAUAUGCACUAAACCCAUUAGUUUUUAAAUAAUAACAAAAUAUUUUAAAUUCAUUCUCACUAGAACUGAGACAGUUAAACAUUGCUAAAAUAAUUAGCAGUCUUAUUUUUAAAUACAAAAGCUUCUUUCUCUUGUCUGGAUCUAGCCCUAAGGACUGUAAAUUUAUUUCAACUAGCUCUGUGUAUCUAGUGUCCUUUUAAAAAACAAAAAAUGAAAUGACAGUAGCCAUUUAAAUGUUUUUAGAAUCCUUACACUGAGAAACUAAACUACAUGGAGAGCCCUGCAUCAUAGCUUGGAAACACUGAACCAGUGCUUUGAGAAGAGUACAGCUAGUGCCAGACAGCUCAGGAAACAGCAAAGCAAGCACUUGAAUUCCUGUAUAUUACUUAAUCUUUAUUUUACAAAGCCCAAAUCUGACUUCUUGAGCUUGAUAUUCUUUGUCUUAACUUUUCAGUCAUUUAGAUGCUAGGUGGAUUUUGUACAUGAGGCUCAGCAGUGCAUUGCAAAGCUAAACAGAACCCAAGUUAACUCUAGAAUGAUGUGCUGAAGCCCUCACUAACUAGGUGUGGGAGGUGCGCACGUUGUUCAGGGCUAACGUUCUUAAAAUCAGUUUUCUUGUUUCCCUUUACUGUAGCCCGACAUUCUAGGCCCUAGUCUGUGAGCCAGAACUUCACAUAUGCAUUGUGGGGCAGCUUCAGCAAACGAAUGCCCUGGGGAAUUUUACGCUGGGAGCAAGAAGGAGACCUCUUGUCUUUUUUUUUAAGGUUGCGAAAGCCCUCCCAGCCUGGUUACUGAGGGGCCACUCAGAAUUAGUUUCUUAUUUAGGAUUCUAAGGUGAAGUAUAGGAUAGAAACAGGUAACAUGGCUCCUUUCUCUCCCCCUAGCUUUCAUCUCUUCUGAGGUGAGGAAACACCUUUUCCUGACAAAGCAUUCUCAAGUAAUUCCCAUCCAACCCCCCAAAACACUGCCCAGUUCUUAGGAUGACUAACUCUGUAGUUCUGGAUCAAUGCCCUAAGGGUUCUCAGUUUUUAUUUGUAGGUUUGCUAUUAACCUUUCAGUCAAAUGAAAUAGGAUGCUGGAUGUGAUGGGGAAAAUCCUCUUUGGAGUAGUUAAUAAAAUAGGCCCAUGUGAAGUUGCUAAUUUCCCCCACUUAAUCACAUCAAAGUGCAGACCACUUACAUAGAAAGAAGCAGCUUGAUACUUUGACAUUGUAGAGCUUGAGGUUGGCUCGCACUUUCAUAGCAAGAUCUGACUAGAAAAAAGACUGAAAAAUGUUAAGCCAGAGCCCACUGGGAAUCUGGUGCCUUUAACAAGAAAUGUCAUUUUGUAAAAUGUUACAUCUAUUCUAUAGCAUAGCCCAUAUGUUUUCUAUUGUUUUUUGUACAGUUGUAAAUUCAAGAUCUUCUGUCUCCGGGUACGUAUUUUCAGUGUACUACAGUCUGUAUAAUAAAAGUUUAGAUUUUCUAAA